AUGACUUCUAGUAAAAUUGAGAUGCCUGGAGAGGUGAAGGCAGACCCCACCGCCCUGAUGGCAUCACUGCACCUUUUACCUUCGCCCACACUCAACCUUGAGAUCAAAUAUACCAAGAUUUUCAUUAACAAUGAGUGGCAGAAUUCAGAAAGUGGGCGUGUAUUUCCAGUCUACAAUCCAGCCACUGGGGAGCAGGUGUGUGAAGUUCAAGAAGCAGAUAAGGCUGACAUAGACAAAGCUGUGAGAGCUGCACGCCUGGCUUUUUCUCUGGGUUCUGUGUGGAGACGAAUGGAUGCUUCAGAGAGAGGGCGUCUCCUGGACAAGCUAGCCGACUUGGUGGAAAGAGACAGAGCCCUUCUUUCAACCAUGGAAUCAUUAAAUGGUGGCAAACCAUUCCUUCAAGCUUUCUAUGUGGAUUUGCAGGGUGUCAUCAAAACCCUUCGGUAUUAUGCAGGCUGGGCAGACAAGAUUCAUGGGAUGACCAUUCCUGUAGAUGGGGAUUAUUUCACCUUUACAAGACAUGAACCUAUCGGAGUGUGUGGACAGAUCAUCCCGUGGAACUUCCCCUUGCUGAUGUUUGCCUGGAAAAUUGCUCCAGCUCUGUGCUGUGGCAAUACUGUAGUCAUUAAGCCGGCGGAACAAACACCUCUCAGCGCUCUCUACAUGGGAGCCCUCAUCAAGGAGGCUGGCUUUCCACCGGGAGUCAUCAAUAUCUUACCAGGAUAUGGGCCAACAGCAGGGGCAGCAAUAGCUUCUCAUGUUGGCAUAGACAAGAUAGCCUUCACAGGGUCUACUGAGGUUGGAAAACUGAUCCAAGAAGCAGCUGGAAGAAGUAAUUUGAAGAGAGUAACUCUGGAGCUUGGAGGGAAGAGUCCCAAUAUUAUUUUUGCAGAUGCUGAUUUGGACUACGCUGUGGAGCAGGCCCACCAGGGUGUGUUCUUCAAUCAAGGUCAGUGCUGUACAGCGGGAUCCCGCAUUUUUGUGGAAGAGUCCAUCUACGAGGAGUUUGUUCGAAGAAGUGUAGAGCGUGCCAAGAGGCGAAUAGUUGGAAGUCCUUUUGACCCAACCACUGAACAAGGCCCUCAGAUUGACAAGAAACAGUACAACAAGAUCCUUGAGCUCAUCCAGAGUGGCGUGGCAGAGGGGGCCAAGCUGGAAUGUGGUGGCAAAGGGCUGGGCCACAAGGGCUUUUUCAUCGAGCCCACCGUGUUUUCCAAUGUUACCGAUGACAUGCGGAUUGCCAAGGAAGAGAUUUUUGGGCCAGUUCAGGAAAUUCUGAGGUUUAAGACUGUGGAUGAAGUUAUAGAGCGAGCCAACAAUUCUGACCUUGGACUUGUUGCUGCUGUUUUUACAAAUGAUAUUAACAAAGCACUCACAGUGUCGGCAGCGAUGCAGGCUGGGACUGUUUGGAUCAAUUGUUACAAUGCCUUAAAUGCUCAGAGUCCUUUUGGGGGAUUCAAGAUGUCUGGAAAUGGGCGAGAAAUGGGAGAAUGCGGUUUGCGAGAGUACUCGGAAGUCAAGACAGUGACAAUAAAGAUUCCCCAAAAGAACUCCUAAGAAGGGACAGGAGGAAAGGGGGCAGACCAGCCUGCGUCAAGCCCCCUCCAUGUUCUCUGUGGGGCCCAGCACUCAGGAAUACAAAGUGUUACACAGCCUUUAUUUAAGAAUUUAAAUGAUAAUCUAUAUGCCAGGCAAUUCAUUGCAUUUAUAAAGCAAACCAACUGUGCCAGGUUGACUGGUACUCUGUGAGAAACCACUUUAGUAUUACCAAAUAAUGAGGGGAAUAGAACAAGGGUUAAGAACUAGGGCCAUUGAACACAUUCAGCUUCCCUUCCUAGAACCUGGGGCCAAGUUAGGGAGCUGUUUCAUUUGAUGUCCAAAGGGCUUUCUUCUUGAGGAAUGGUGACCUUUUUUAUUUCCUUCAUUCUUUUUCUUCUCUUUUCUGCACCCCACCCUGCCCCCCACUACCUUCCCUUCCCCCAAGAAGAGCUCCUCAGCUGAGCUCAUUUGGGGCAGAUGUUUGGGCCGGGAACAAUUUUCCAAGGUUUUGCAGCCAAAUUACCGUUUCAUGUUAUCCAUUUCUUCAAAGCGAAACAUGAAAUGGUUUUAGUUAGAGCCAGACCAGACUAGAAACGCCAAAAGCUGGUACACUGCAGAUGUAUUAAGAAGCCAGAAAUCAUGAUAUCCUUGACUUUCUCUGGUUUUCUUCCUAACCAUCGGGCAAGAGGAGAUAGAAGUCAGGGCGAUGCCAAUCGAGCAGGCAGUGGGGGUCGUUCAGAAACUUCUGAGCUUCUGGUAGUCUUAUUUUGUUGUUGUUGAAUUUGUUUGCUUUCCAAAAUGCCUUCUAUGUUUCCUUCUAGAAAGAAGA